AUGGCAUCAAUGGGGCUACGGGGGAUAAUGGGCACUCUUGUUCUAGGCUUUGGUCUUCUUGAUUUUCAAUUAUCGGCCAUCUUCUAUACUGAUCAUGCCAUGGAACAAGCUAAAGGGAUUGCCACCGGUAAUGCCGGCCCCGGUGUUAAAGCUUUCAAUGUCUUGGACUAUGGUGCCAAGGCUAAUGGAAACUCCCCUAGCUCCAUUAAUUUUAUUAGGGCAUUCAAAGCAGCGUGCAAUCAUCAAGGAAGGGCAAUGCUGGUGAUCCCUAGAGGAGAAUACGUAGUAGGAUUGAUAUUGUUUUCCAGACCUUGCAGCUGUGAAGCUCCGCUGAUGGUUCAAGUCAGUGGAAAUGUUCUUCCACAAAGUAAUACGAAGACAGCCGAAGGUGCAGAAUGGAUCACAUUCCAGAGCAUUGAUGGGUUGAUUGUAAGUGGGAAGGGUACUUUCAAUGGCCUAGGUGAAAAGUCAUGGAGGCCCAAAUGCAAAGGAUGCGGUCGAAUGCCUGCAAGUUUGAAGUUCAUCAAUGGUAUUCAAUCCGUUAACGCUAAAGGGUUCCAUAUGAUGAUCAGUAUUUGCAACAACCUCUGGAUUGAUGAUGUUAAUAUAACAGCUCCUGCUGAAAGCCCCAACACUGAUGGCAUUCACAUGAGCAAAACCAACAUGCUGAAAAUAACAAACAGUCGCAUCGGCACAGGUGACGAUUGCGUCUCCAUCAUCCAUGGAUCCACCAACAUCACUGUCGAGAACGUCGAUUGUGGCCCUGGACACGGUAUCAGUAUUGGUAUCCUUGGACACUACGAUUCCGAAGGAGAUGUUUUCGGGAUCACGGUGAGUAACUGCUCGUUUGCAGACACAGACCAUGGUGCAAGAAUCAAAACUUACAAAUCCGAUAGUCCAAGCAGAGCUUCAGGCAUUAUCUACGAAAAUCUGGUAAUGAAAAUAUAAAACGUCAAGAACCCU